AUGGACAACAUCUCUGCAUCGUUUGUCUCUAACCAAACUGGUCAGGAUACGUGUACAGCCUUUGGCCCUCCCGAGCUGGUUUGUCUGUACAAGCGUACCACACCCGAAGAAAUCGAAGUUUCGGACAUGGAAUGGUGGAUACGCAAUUUACAUAUAUGCCUAUCAGACUGGUUCGCUUUCGCAGAUUUGCCACGCUCCGACCAAGAGCAGGGGUCUCAAGUGCGACCGGACUCUCCCCUUUACCCGAUUCCCAUCCCACCGUCUGAUGAUCAAGAAGUGCAUGCUGCCUCGGUCUCUCACCGAUCGUCAAUCGAACUCCCACCCCAGUCGAGGUGGCAACGUGUCAAAGAGUAUUUGAUGAGCGCGAAAUCGGCAGAACCCGUGAUCACCGUGUAA